AUGCAUCCCGUCAUCAUCGUAUACGCGGCAUUGGCCGCCCUGAUCGCAAAGUUCUUCCACUUCAUCUACACCACAUUGACCUCACCUGUUCGCGACGUUCCUGGCCCAUUUGCUGCAAGAUUCUCGAAACUCUGGUACGUUUUCGCCAUCUGGACCGGGAAAGCCGAGCAAAUCAACAUCGAACUCCAUCGUAAGCAUGCCCGAGACGGCGAAUACUAUGCUCCGGUCGUCCGGCUUGGGCCGAACAUGUACUCCAUCUCGAGACCGGAAAAAGCCAUCUACGGCAUUGGCUCCAAAGCGACAAAAUCUUCGUGGUACGACACAUGGUACGAUCCCGCCCUGGAGCCGUCCCUAUUUCCCGACCGAGACCCACAGAGACAUGCGAAUAAGCGACGGAUGUUCCAGUCCAUGUAUGCGCUGUCGAGUCUCUUGCACUACGAGAAGUAUGUCGAGGCGGUGCAGAGCAUAUUCCAAGAGCGCCUGAGCGAGAUCAGCUGUGAUGGCAAACAGGUGGAUCUACACCAUUGGCUACAAUGUUAUGCUUUUGAUGUCGUUGGAAAUAUCACAUACGGCCGGAGGUUUGGUUUCUUGGACGAAGGACAGGACGUUGGCCAGAUGAUCACUUCGCUGGAUUCGGUCUUGAAGUAUGCCACUUUUAUGGGCAUCUUCUCCUGGGCUCAUAGAUGGGUGUACAAGUACAGCUCGAACCUUCCUGGAAUGCGUGGCGGAGGUUUGCCGUAUUUGGCAUCGACGGUCCGGAAAGAACUGGACAGUCGUAUCGCCCAGCGCGGUAAAGAGGAGAAGGACGGCGGCCGAGUGCACGAUCUGGACGCCCCGAGGGACUUUCUUGAUCUGGCCCUCGAUGCGGAAAAGGAUCCGGACAAGGCCAUGACCAUGAGACACGUGUACGCUAUGCUUCUUUCGAAUGUCGUCGCAGGCAGCGAUACCACGGCUGUUUCUUUGAGCAGUGUCAUAUUCUACGUUGCCCGUGAUCCACGAGUUCUGGCACGUCUGCGAGAGGAGCUCGAUCAGGCUGUUCAAGAUGGAAAGGCCACACCCGACUGCGCGGCGUUCAGAGAGACCCAAGAUAUGCCGUACUUCCAGGCCUGUAUCAAAGAAGGACUCCGAUUGACCGCUGCUACUGGCCUGCCUCUCUGGCGAGUUGUACCAGCAGGAGGAGUCGAGAUGCUCGGCCACUAUUUUCCCGAAGGCACCGAGGUCGGUAUCAAUACCUGGUUAGCACACUAUGAUCAGACGAUCUGGGGCCAGGAUGUCGCCGGUUUCCGGCCAGAACGCUGGAUCGAGGCGCAAGAAGGUGAUGGAAACAAGCUGAAAGUCAUGGACAGCAACUUUAUGCCGUUUGGCCUUGGUUCGAGAACGUGUAUCGGCCGGCACAUUUCAUACCUGGAGAUGUGUAAGGUCAUCCCAAUGAUCUUCUUAAACUUCGACAUCGAGCUCGUGAACACGAAGUUGACGACAGAAAACCAUUGGUUUGUGAAGCCGACGAAUUUUGCGGUGAAGCUAAGACGGAGACAAAAUUAA